AUGACCCGCUGGGCUCGGCGGAACGCCCCGCCCGGGGCCCGGGCCCUGCCCGCCACCCCCUGGGAGCAGCUGGCACCGAGCAGCGAGCCGGAGCCGGCAGCCAAGAGGAGGAGGAGGAGGAAGAAAGAGUACGAGAACCAGGAUGUGAACGGGUUCGGGGGGCAGCAGAAGGAGGAGGAAGAGGAGGCGAGGAGGAAGGACAGGCGGCGGGAGAGCAGGAGGCUGAGGAGGCAGGAGAGGAAGAAGAACGCCAUGGUGUGUUUCCACUGCAGAGAACCUGGCCACGGUGUGGCUGAUUGUCCAGCAGUGCUGGAGAGCCAAGACAUGGGGACAGGGAUCUGCUACCGCUGUGGAUCCACGGAGCACGACCUCAGCAAAUGCAGAGCCAAGGUGGAUCCAGCUGCUGGUCCAUUUCCAUAUGCAAAAUGUUUCAUCUGUGGUGAGAUGGGGCAUCUGUCAAGGUCGUGUCCAGAUAAUCCCAAGGGAUUGUAUGCUGAAGGUGGGGGCUGCAAACUUUGUGGCUCUGUGGAACACUUCAAGAAAGACUGCCCAGAGAAGCAGAAUGCAGAGCAGGUGACAGUCGGGCGCUGGACCCCCGGCCUGAGCGCUGACCACGAGGACGUCACGGCCGCGCCGGCGCUGCGGACAGCUCAGCCCAAGCGACCCAAAGUUGUCACUUUCUGAAGGCCUCCUGGCUCCUGAACAGUUCUCUUGCACUGCUGCACUCCGGACAGGAGACGACAGAGAGAGGAUAUGGAAAAUCACGCCGGCUGCAGAGGAAUUGUUGGUUUGUUGUCUCCCCUCAUUUUCCCAGUUCGCCUCCCAAAGCUGCCUGGCUCACUGUGAAGCUGGGAGCAACAGGAAUACAGCAAGUGACUAUUUUAUUAAAGAAAUUGUUGGUGUUUUUUAAAGGUUCUUGUUGGAUUCUGGUUUAGUUUUACCUUUUUCUUUUAGGAAUAAUGAACUUACUUAUUCCUGCAUAUGUUCCAGCUUGAGCAGUCUUACAGAUCUUUACAGAUCUGUAAUUACAGAUCACCCUGUGUGAUGCCGAGCUUAGGGUGCAGCUCCUGAUGGUCAUGGUUGUUAUUCUCAGCCAUUGACCUGAUUGGUCGUGCACACUGGGUUGUUUGGGUGUAUUCACUAACAGAAUCAAGCCCUUCCUCUGAAACCUGUGGUGAAACACACCCCUGAAGAAUUGGAGAGCAAGUCAGGAGCUUUCUUUUUCAAAGAAAACGCUCUG